GAAGUAGCAUUAAGAUAGUAGCAUAAAUAUUUCUUGAAUUAAUUUUUAUUAGGCAUUUUACUGAAAUCUUUACACUUUGGGAUAAGAGCAAAGAGAUAUAUAUUCAUAAGUUAAAAUUUUAAUCAUUAAACAAACUAUCUUACGUAGAUACUACUGGAGAUCAAAUACUUCCCCUAAAAUCUCCUGUGCAUUCAGCUAUGUAAAUUUGUAGUUGUGACGAAUAUAGAGAAUAAAUAUUGCACAAAAUUAUAAUUGAAUAUAGUGUAUGACGUCAUUAUUGCGAUUGUAGUCUCGAAUUGUAGGUGUCGCUACAAGCUUUCAAAGUUUCUUUACGAUUUUAGGUUAUAAUAUAAUAUAUCUAUCUGUGUUCCGACAAUACUCUAUUAUCGUUGUUUUGGUUCUUUAAUCUUUGCUUAAUAGUUGAUUCUUUGUUUAUUAAUUUGUCUUGUUUUGAUUGCAGUGCUUACGAGUAGUAAAAAUUAAUAAAAUUAUUUAAAAAAUGUCUGAAAUACCAGAGAAUAGCCCCUUACCUACGUGUAGUAAAGUUUCUAUUUUAUCAGAAAAGGAUGAUGGUCCUUCGCCUAAAAGGCGUAAGACUGCCUUUGACGAAGACCCGUCUGUUAAAUUAGAACAUAGAUUGGGGGGUAUAUUGUGUUGCGCAGUUUGCUUGGACCUGCCUCCAGCCGCCGUAUACCAGUGUAGCAACGGACACUUGAUGUGUGCUCCAUGUUUCACUCAUCUACUGGCGGACGCGCAACUUCGUGACGAGUCAGCUACCUGCCCGAAUUGCCGUGUUGAGAUCUCCAAAACCUCAGCCUCCAGAAACCUAGCAGUUGAAAAAACUGUUUCUGAACUGCCAUCUGAAUGCAAAUUUUGCACUCGUGUGUUCCCUAGGCAUGCUUUGCAAAACCAUGAAGACAAGAUUUGUGAAGAUAGUGGAAACGAGUACAAGUUCUCUCAGUUAUCUGUGGAUGUAGCGUCGCCCGCGGCUGUGAGUGGUUUGGUUCGCAUCGUGGUGUGGGUAGUCGGCCUCCUGCUGGCCUCCUUCAGGAGCCGACCGCUCGACGCGACGGCACACAAGCGGCGUAGGUAUCGCAGUGACGUGGGAUGCUGUGGCAGGCUGACGGGGUGUCUCUACGAGCGUAUUGGGUGCGGAUGGCGUGGGCCUGCGCACGAGGCCAGCGCACACGAGGCGGUCUGCGAGAGGCCGCAGCGAUCGGCAGGGGACGUGCUGCCGGCGCUGGAGGAGCGCGAGGCGCGGGCUGCCGACCACACGCGCGUAUACACGCAGAUAUUCGCCCUACUGUCCCUAGAGAAGAUUACUUUUAAUGAUUUGCAGCUGAAGCCGUACCGGACGGAAGAGUUCAUGCAUAAGUUGUACUACGAAACGUUGCGGUUCCCUUCAUUCGGGCACCAAUGGGUGGUGAAGGCUUUCAUCAACAAUAACCAGCCACACCCCACCCACACUGCGCAUCGUGAGAUAACAUACCAGCUAAUCCUAAAGAGCAAGCCGCAAUGUGAGCUCUCAGUGCAGUGGGUAGUAGCGAGGGGUCCCUUUGGUGAGGCGCGUCUGGCCCCUCGGGUGUCGUCGCACACCUUCCGCGGCGAUGACGACCCUGCGCCUGCGCCUUUGCCCCUAGCUGACCCUGAGGACACCAACCGGUUGCUCUCCAACAAAGCCAUACAUUUUAGACUUCUCAUGUUUCUUACUAAUAAGUAAGAGUGCAGAUAGACAGUUUAUGAUGCGUUUUAUUUUGCUUCAUAACCAAAGAUCACAAAAUUGCAUUUUAUAUUCAAAAAUUCAUAUUAACCAUACAUUAUUUUAUUGGAUUUUUAAUGAAUUAUUUACAUUACUGAACAUGUGCUUUUUAUCUUAAUUUUAUUGUUUUAAUGCUAUUGUAACAAACAUGAGUUUAGGCUUAAUUAUAUCGGAGUACAAAUUGACUUUAGGGAGUGGUGGUAGUUAGGCAAUUAGUUAAUAGCUUUAUAUAUUAUGGGUUAUAUGUUUACCUGAUUAUAUGAUAUGUGAAAUUUCAUGUAUUUUAAUGGAGGACUGAUUCUAUUUAUGUUUUACCAGCCAUAUUAUUAAUAUAAUAUUUGCGUUUGUAAUAAAACACAAUUUACAAA